AUGCCAAGUCGUCACAGCAUCCUGGGUGCCGACAGAAUCUUCACGCAGCAGCUAAGCCUCGCAGUCCUUCGGGUCUUGUGCCCUGGGAAGAGCUCGGUGAGGAUGUGCCAACGGCCGCCAGCAAUAAACCUAUCUCCGAAGCACGCCGCCUCUCGACUGAGUAGAAGUGUGCUCUUGCACGCGCACGUGCCCUCGCACUCACUCGCCCUCUUUCCUGAGUGGGGUCACGAGCCGCCCCCCUUGUCCCGCGGGAGACCCUCAGCCUUCACCCACUUGCUCGUGGGCAGCCACCACGUCGCAACCGCAUCGUUUCCACCACGUCACCUCCUUCUGGACCCGUCCGUGCUCCUGGGACCCGAGCCUGAGCUCAGGGCCACCAGCCCGGCUCCUCCCUCCGUGCUCCCGGGACCCGAGCCUGAGCUCAGGGCCACCAGCCCGGCUCCUCCCUCCGUGCUCCCGGGACCCGAGCCUGAGCUCAGGGCCACCAGCCCGGCUCCUCCCUCCGUGCUCCCGGGACCCGAGCCUGAGCUCAGGGCCACCAGCCCGGCUCCUCCCUCCGUGCUCCUGGGACCCGAGCCUGAGCUCAGGGCCACCAGCCCGGCUCCUCCCUCCCCGGGGGACCCGCGGGCGCCUGGGACCCAAAGCAAAAGUCCACGCAGCCAGUCAGUCAAACCUCCCAACCCGCCAGCCCCGGUCGCCACCUCCUCGUCGCAAGUGUUUGCCUCCGGCGAUGGAGCACUGGCCAACGUGCUAUCCACCCACGCCUCGGCAGCCCUGAGCCCCAGCCCCACGCCGCCUCCGCUGGCAACGGCCGCGCCGCCCUCGUUCUUCUAG